GGAGCAACGCCGUGACUCCAGCUAGUUACACAAGGCGAGCCGAAAUGGCGGCUGAAGGGCCAUAGUUUCCAAUUUAGGUUUCGACAGCGGAAACUGGACUCCUGAGCGCACGCGCAGUUCAGUUCCGUAAGCGUCCGGUUGUUUUGUUUGUUAGCGACAGCAAGGGAGACAAGUGUUUAUUCACCGACGCCAAAGGGUCACUAAAGACGGCUUUCAGCUUGAGCCAUCUCACGGUGUAUCCAGGAUGGGUGCCGCUUCGAGCACCGAGGCAGAGAGGGAGCCACUUCUCGUCCCGUCUCAUGCCGAGGCGAGCGGUCCACCAGUCAACAGCCGAGUAUUCGGUCGAAGAUGGCUGGUUCUGAGCCUAUUCUCCCUGCUGGCCCUCAUGCAGGGCAUGGUGUGGAACUUCUGGGGGCCCAUCCAGAACUCGGCCGUCCACGCCUUCGGCUUCACUAAGUCCGACAUCGCCGUACUGGUUCUGUGGGGUCCAGUGGGCUUCAUCCCAUGGCUGCUGUUCAUGUGGGUCAUGGAUAAAAGAGGCCUGCGGGAGUCGCUCCUCCUGUCGGCCUUCUUCAUGCUGCUGGGGGCGGUCCUACGCAGCAUCCCGCUGUCAGACCCUCCUGUCCGUCGAUGGUUAAUUCACGGAGGUCAACUUCUGAACGGUCUAGCCGGUCCGACCAUGAUGAGCGCCGGGCCCUUCUUGUCCACCACGUGGUUUGCUCCCGACCAGAGGGCCACCGCCACCGCCGUGGCCUCGCUCUUCUCCUACCUGGGCGGUGCUGCCGCCUUCGUCGUGGGACCUCUCAUCGUACCCGCCCCCAAUGGCACUCAGGCGGCGGGCACCACGGCGAUGACGGCUGCUAUGUUGGAUGACACCAUCCGAGAGAAGAUCCAGCUGGUUUUGUAUACAGAGCUGGCUGCCAUCGCUGCACUGUUUGCCGCCGUCCUCUUCUAUUUCCCUUCACGGCCGCCGUUGCCCCCCAGCGUGGCCGCCGCCAGCCAGAGGCUCAGCUACAGGAGCAGCAUCUGCAGACUGCUCAGUAACCUGCGGUUUGUGAUGAUAGCGUUGGCCUAUGCUGUCCCCACUGGAGUGAUUGCUGGCUGGGCGGGAGUCCUUGACAUGAUCCUGACACCAGCCAAAGUCAGCCAGGUGGAUGCAGGCUGGAUUGGUUUCUGGUCCACGGUGGGCGGAUGUGUGUUCGGGGUGGCCAUGGCCAGGUUUGCAGACUCCAUCCGGGGAAUGCUGAAACUGAUUCUGGUGCUGAUGCUGGCCGGCGCCUCGCUGUCCUCCACCUGGUUCACGCUCACCUGUCUGAGCAGGUUCACGCACCUCCCCUCCACUGCCGCCAUCUUGUACACGUCUUGCAUCCUGGUGGGCAUUUUCAUCAACAGCAGCGUGCCCAUUUUCUUCGAGCUUUUCAUCGAGACGGUGUACCCUGUCCCCGAAGGCAUCACGUGCGGCGUGGUCACCUUCCUGGGCAACCUGUUCACGGGCCUGCUCCUCUUCUUCCUCACCUUCUACUGUACAGACUUGUCCUGGUUGAACUGGUGUCUGACGGGCUCCUGCAUCUUCAGCCUGGUGCUCAUCCUCUUCUUCAGGGAGUCCUACGACCGUCUCUACUUGGACGUCUUCGUGUCAGUGUGAGGAGGAGACAAAAUCAAAAUUGGGACCUUUAAACAGCAACGGGAUUUGCACAAGGAGGGAGGAGAAAAGGGAGCUAGCAUGGUGUUAGCCUGUAUAUAUGGACAUCUUGAUCGGAACUCACACUUCCUGUUUAGUUUUUUAACUCGUUUACACUCAAUGUGGUUUUAAACUUAAACGUUUGCGCCUUUCGUCGCCUCCCUAAAAGCGGACGCCGCCAGAAAGCUGACGCGACACGGCAGAAAACCUCCGCCAGCAUGCAGACACUUUUAUAAAAAUGAUUUGUAUUUUUAAGUUGCCAUGGUGACCUGUGCUGUUGUAUCGACGUCGUGACGCUACCGAUGCUCUUUGUGUUGUCUUUGUUCCUCGCUAGCUGGCCAGUAUUUAUUGGAAGCGUUUUAGCCAAAGUCUUUCAUUGUGUCGACGCCAAGUUAGGAUCCUGAGACGGAAAAGGGAAAAACAAACGGAUUCUUCAAGGACUCGGACACAAAGGAAGUGUUUUUGUUUGCACACAGCGUGGGAAUCGUCUUGUCCGUUUCCACUCACCUUGUACACAAAUCUUACCGCCUCCUGCCUUCCUCGUCUCGUGUCGUGAAAGGUCACGUCCUCGUCAUCUGCUCCCGGUGGGCGUCACCUUGGAAAUGUCCUCCAUGUGCGUGACCUUUGAAUCUUUCCAGCACCUUAUUAAAAACAUUAAACAUAGCAUCAGUGCCGUUCUGCUUGGCUUUUAAAGCUCAAUGAGUCAUUCGUAGUUUAAGUGUACCUAAUAUGUUGGCUGCAGGAGUACCUAAUAUUUAGGACUCAAGUGCACCAGAUAUUUUUAGUGUACCUAUUAUUUUGGCCUCAAGUAUCCCUAAUAUUUUGGCAACACCUGUAACUAAUAUUUUGUGCUUAAUGUGUUAGGUGUACUUAAUAUUUUGAGAGUACACUUAAGUGUACCUAGUAUUUUGGUUGCCUGGGUACUUCAUAUUAUGGUCUGGGUGUACCUCGCAUAUUGGCCUUGAGUAUCCCAAGUCUUUGUACCUAAUAUUUUGGCCUCAGUUGUCCCCAAUAUUUUCACAGCUACUGUAAUAUUUUGAGUGUGCCUAAUGUUUUGGGUGUACUUAAUAUUUUGGCAGCAACUAUAAUUUACAUUUUGCACACAGGCGUGCCUAAUGGUCUAGGUGUACCUAAUAUUUUGGUUGCCUGGGUAUCUAAUGUGGACGCAAAUGUACCUAAUGAUUUGGGAUGCCGCAGGCAUCCCUCAUAUUUUGACAGCAACUGAUUUUUUGGCUGCUGGCGUACCUAAUGUUUUGGGAGCACUACCUAUUUUGGCCUCGGCUAUCCCUAAUAUUUUGGGUGUACCUUAUAUUUUGACUGCCUGGGUAUCUAACAUGGACGCCAACGUACCUUACGAUUUGGGUGUACCUAAUAUUUUGGUCCCAGGUAGCCUGCACCUAAUAUUUAGUGUGUGCCUCAUGUUUUUGACAGCAACCGAUAUUUUGGCUGCUGGCGUACCUAAUAUUUUGGGAGUACUACACCUAGUAUUCGGGCUGCCUGGGUACCGAAUAUUACGCAUGCGCGUGUAGCUAAUGAUUUGGGUGUACCUAUUAUUUUGGCCUCAGGAGGCCCUAAUAUUUUGGCUUCAGGUAUUAUUUGGACAGGUAAAUAUUUUGGACACAAGCGCACCUAAUAUUUUGGGUGUAUAAUAUGUAGACAGCAACUGUACCCAAUAUUUUGGCUGCAAGUGCCCCUAAUAUUUGGGCCACAGGUGUGCCUUGCAGCCUCAUUAUGAAUAAUGUAAAGAAGGACAUAAAUAUGACGUGUUUCAAGUGAAACUAUGCAGUAAAAGGAAAUGAAUGUAAGAUGAAUAGUAGGAGCUAUAGAACGUAAAUAGAAUAGAAGAGAGGAAGGUGGAAACUUGCGCUUGCCGAUGCUUGAAAAGGCAGAGUCAGCGUAAAGUGAACCACAUGGACGUGGAAACGAGACGACGAAGGAAAAGAAGUUACUCAAGACAACACGACGAAAUGUAAUCUUUUGCCGUCUCGCUGAACUACGUCAGACAAGAGCAGGAUUGUUGUCGUCCCACAAGGCAGUUGCAAAGUGUCCUGCCGCUGGCUGACUUCACGGACCAGCAGGACACGAAGACAAAUGAGAUGGGUCACCUCGUAGCGUCCGUCACACGAACACGCCUUCGUCUGCAUCGUCUUCCAAAGGACAGAAGCAGGAACGGUUGCUCCUGAGCGAGGAGGGACAGACGGACACUAAUUUGUCCCUUCAUCACCCCAGGACCUGCAGGAAUGGCGACUUCCUGUGGGACAGUAAGGACAGGAAGACUAGCUUAAGAGGUUCAUUGGAAAUUUAUUCUCACCAUUUUACUUCUCAGCGUAUUAGCACUUUAUCGAGAAAACAUACACGUUGUGUUAGCUACUGUCCCUAAUGAAGUGGCCCUUGAGGGUACAGUUGCCCGUUGCCACUCUGCGGUUCGAAUUUCGCGGCUUCCCCCUACCAGGGUUUUUCACGGUUUGCCUAUUAUUAGUAAAAAAAAUAAUAAUAAAAUAAUUGAUAACCACUGGACUAAAUGAAGCAUUUUCAAGCAUAAAAAUGGCUAAAUGUAAAGUAAAAUACAAGAAGAUGCGUUCAAAGACAAUGAAUGCUAUGUAGUUUUCUACAGUGGUCACUAGGUGUCUCAUGUUUCACUGAUGAGACAAAAGCCACCACUGGAAGUAGAACGUCAACAAAACCCUCCCAAUGCUCGCCUAUGAGUCUAUGCUCUGUCUUAUUUAUGUCUUAUGUGGCUUAUUUUCUGUUACCAUGUCUACUAUAUUAGGUAAUAGGAUUGUAAAGGUGACUAUAGGGGUGUUAUUUCAUGUCUAGUAAACUGGUUUUCUAUGAUCUAACUAUAAAAAAAAAAAUCAUUGGGGCCUAUUCUCCCGUUUGCGUUGUGAAAGUUUGACUUGCUACACGGUGCAGCGACCCUGAACGUUUUGGGGGAAUUUUGCCCAACAUCCACAGUCCUUAUGUGAAACAUGAGCACACGCGUCUUUCCCUUUUCUGUGUGUUAGCAUGAGGGAGCUAACGAUGCACGUCAUGGGACACACCUACUUCGAAUAUAAAAAAACCCUCCAACAAUGUUUUGUCAUUUAACAGUAACAGUACAUUCAGGAUAACAUGUAAUACUUACAGGAUUUUGCCAUAUUUUGAUCAUUUUGAACAUUAGCGGACCUUCUUUCCUGGACGCAGGGAGUUCACAUAUCCCAUAGAUAGGAACUAGCGCUUCUUCCGUCAACAAUAACGGCAUAAAAAGCACAUGUCUGUUUGCUACUACUAAUCAUGGCAGACUUUGUGAGCGCUGCCGACGUUGACUACUUUUGGACAAGCGAUGAUCCAGAACCUUACCUUUUUGAGCCUGACUAUACGGAGAAUGAGCUCCAGGUUUUAGAAGCUGGGCCCGCAAGAAGAGGGAGUCAGGACUGGCAUGACUUGGUGGUGUAAAUGUGGAGCUUGCCAAGCCAUGCCGACAAAGUGGCGCGCAGCGUUACCGUAGGUGGAAAGGCUUUGUGUGUAUGGCGAGGAGGACACUGCUCCAAGAGACUGCAUCAUAAUAAACCCCGCAGGGAUAGAAACGUCUUUCCACCUACUCAAAAUAAACUGGAAAAGAUGCCCCAGACCAGCUGGACUAGACGGACAACUAACUGUCCUUGGAGUAAGUCGCCAUGAUAUUGAUUGUGAUACAUGGAGCGCAUGAUAUCACAACCCAGUCCAUCUAGCCGCGUAUAAAUGAAACAUGACAUGUGGGCUAAUACUUGACAGAUAAUGCAGCUCAGUUGUGUAAACAGAACAUUGUUGGCGUUUUUUUGAAGUUUUUUUUAGGGCUUUAUAGUCAAAAUAGGUGUUUGCUGAUUUAACAUGACUUCUAGUUACGCAUACGCCUGUUUGCCCCCCGUCCCUUGUGUGAUGUCACGUGAAACCCAGCAACAGGGCCCUUAAUGAGACAGGAAAUUCACUUACCACGGUCGGGUCUGGAGCCAAUGAACCACCAUAAAGGAGGGAUUAUUACUCUCCGGCUGUUAAAUGUUUGUCAAUAAAGCUUUGCAAUGAAAGUGUAAAAUGACAGCAGAGUGUAGCUUGUUCUCCAAGCUACAUUAGCUCAGGCCUCGGCAGAUUUCUUGACAGUCCUGUCAUCAAUACAGUAGGGUCGCCGCUCUGGCAACCCUAACGACCUCCGUCAGCAGCUUAAGAGGAUUGCUCAAGCCACGUAAACGUCACCGCUCCCCAUGUGGCCUCAUUCAAGUCAUUAACAGCAAAAAGUAAAGGCAAUACAAUGGCCUUAACGGGGCUUUGCUUCAUUUUACGCUUGUAUGACGGAUGUCUAAAGGUGACUUCCACAUGUGAUUUUUGACAUGUGUACUGCGUUACAUGACAUUACACUCGUUUGAACAGCAUCGUCAUGCUACGUUGCUGAAGACAAACAAACUUACAGCUCUCACGGCGCCACGCGUCAUUUUAAGACGUGUAGUGAAGCCUGAGGUAGAAGGCUCCAGGCAGGGGGGUCCAAAGUGCAGCCCAGAAGCCAUUUACGGCCUCAGCACAUUCUAAAAACACAAUUAAACAAGAAACUAAAAAAAAAACAAAAAAGAAAAACAACAAAAAUGGAAAAAAGCAGCAACUUUAUGAGAAUAAAAACAAUAUAUUGUGACAAUGAAGUUGUCAAAUUAAGAGGAAAAAUAGCAUAAAGUAGAAAUAUUAAAGACGAGGUGUGUCACAAGAGCUCACAAGAUUAAAAGGUGACAAGAUUUCUCGUUCUGAAAAAAAAAAAAAAGGACACUUGUGGUCAUGGACACCAGGCCUGGGACGACAAUAAAUGAAUGAAUCGCACAACACACUGGGUUCUCUACUUACCAACACCCGACUUGCCAACAUUCGGAGAUACGAACGCAAACUGACCGGUCUGUAUUUUCAUGUAUUUUGACAAAAAUUGCGAUAUUUUGUCAUUUGAAUUUAUUUGGAAAAUGGCGCUCUACAGCGCUACCGUAUCAUCUGUGAGGAGAAGAAAAGGAAGACCAUACAAACUUCCAUUGAAACCUUCUUCAAACGUAGAUCUGCUACUCCUGCACCGUCAUCGCCAAGUGACUCGCCACCAAUGCCUACACCUUCAUCUGCACCUUCGUCACCAAUUCUUCCACCUCUGUAGUUUCCCCUGAACUACCUCUUUUAGAAGAGUCUAACCACCAUUUGUCCUUUUUUCAAUAACUCCUCCUCCUCCUCCACAACGACGUAUGCUCGACCACUCCUCUUCAAAGGUAAAUAACAUUUAUCAUUACGUAUUAUUAUAUCACUUUUAUUAUUGUUUUUUUCAUUCAUUAUCCUGGUUUAAUAUUACUACUGCAUCCAAACUCGUAUUUACAUACAUACACAUAUACUGUAUAUGUAUACACGUACAUGUAGUACCUAUAUCAUUGGUAAUACUACCUUUUCCCCUACUUAAGAACAAUUCCACUUAAGAACGGUCGUCUGGAACCAAUUGUGUUUGUAAGUUGAGAACCUAGUGUAAAUGGAAAUGAACUGGACAAUUUUGCCGGCCUCAAUAUAUCGCCAUGUGCAUGCGUGUCCUCGUGCCCAGCCUCCAAACAGGCAGGAAGAGAGUUCACUCUGUGCAUUGGUUUCAGCACCUUGGUGUGUUUGUUCCAUAGAACAACGGCAUGAACGGAGUGAGUCCUUUUGUCAGUCAUACAGUCUCCUUGUCUCGGUGGGUGGAGGCGGGGCUGCUAGCAUACACACAGAGUAGAGUGUAACGUAGUAGAAAUUAAAUUAGUAGAUUAGUAUAUUUUUUCAAAUAUUUGUCAUUGUACUUUUGUUAAAAUCAGUGUUAAAAUCUCGUCUCGUUCUCGUAGACCCAAUCGCUUGUCUCGUCUCAUUUCGUGAACUGUCUUGUGACACCCCUAUUAACGACUACAAUAUGUAACUUUAAAAAAAAGUAAUAUUAUGAGAAUCAAACAAAAGAGUUGCAAUGAGAAUAAAAACAGAACAAGACAAGAAAAAUGUAUGAGAAGAAAGUUUAAAUAUUUAUAUUAAAAAAAUUGUAAUGUAAGUUCAUAUGAACUCAUUCAAUACCAAAGACGUAUUUAUAAUGCCGAACGCCCCAUCCCAACAGCGUAUUUAUACGUCUUUUACGUUGUUUUGAGUGAUGACGCAGCUCAUUUCACGCAUUUCACUUCAGAGCAAUGUUAAGCCAUAAAAAGGGCCACAAGGUGGCAGAAGUGCAUUUGAUAAGAGCUCGGCAGGGAUCGUGUGAACAGAAGAAUCACACGUGACAGGAAGGAGGAAGUGAGAGAGCGCGAAGGAGUGUAGCGUGAAGAAGGUUAUGCAUUGUAGGGAAAUUUCAAAGCCUGCGCAUGCGUGAACACACAUACUUCAGUUCCAAAUGUGAAAACUGUAAAUAGUUGAUGGCGUUAUAUUUGUACAUAAAUGGUUGUUUUGAUGUAAAUCAACCAUUUUUUUGUCGUAUUGUUGUUUAGAUAUUUGAGCUGUCACAAAAGCAACAAAUAUUUGUGUCAAAGUGAAAGUUAUGCUUGAAAUGUAUCUUUAUCACAAAAGGCUGGUUUUCUCACUGUUUUAGUUGGGAACAGAGAUUUUCCUGAAACUUGCCUAUGUUCUACUGCUGAUUACUAAACAACGGAAAAAGGUGGAAACGAGCUUUUUUUUCUGAUGAAAGACGGGAGUCUAAUGUUUCUUUUGGUAGGUUUCAUGUGUUUGUAACCAUAGAACACAAUAUUCUGUGUGCCUUGAAAGAUCAGUCAAAAUCAUCUUGAAUGGCGGGGAUUGAAUGAGUUAAUGACUAAAAUAUGUAUUUUUUUAAAGUCGUAAUAUGAGAGGCAAACAAAAGAAAGAAUAAAGUUGCAAUCUUAGGAAAAUGAGGUUGGGUAAGAGUUAUAAUGUUCCGAUAAUAAAGUCAAAAUAUUGGAAAAAAGACAAUAUUAGAAAAAGUAUGUAUGAGAUGAAAGUCGAAGAGGAAAAACCAUCAAAAAAGUGUAAAUAUGUAAAUAUGAAUAUUUUCGUCACCUGCUGAGAUGCAGGCUACGCAGGUUGCUUUGAUGUGAAAGUGGCAUCGUUGAUUUUUCAGUACGCGGUCCUCGGUGGAAAACGCUUGGACACCCCUUCUCUCGGGACACGUGAUACUGUUAGAAUCAGUAAACAGCCACUCUUGCAUCACGGGGGACGAGAGGAGGUCUUUAAAGUGUCAUAAAAAGUGCCGUGCGUCACGUUGGCAUCAAGGUUUAUUAUCUUUACCACGUACAAUGUACAAAAAUAUAGAGUACAAAAGAUUCACAGUGUCUAGAAGGCAGUGAUGACAGUCUGUCUACACGAGGGGCCUGGUACGUUGCAUAGAGGGGGGGGCGGAGCCCCGCAUCGCCGUGGGGGGGGGGUGGCGGAGCUCAAGCCAUCUUGUUUCUCUCGGCGUGAGUUCUUUGUGAUGUUUGAGCGGCUUGGGGGAAAGGUUGCAGGGCGGCGCUCAGAGCCCAAACGAAGCCGGAGGGGGCGUGGACGUGGAACAAGUAGUUCAUAACAAAAACAAAACCAAAAAGUGUUACGUUGUGGACACAUUUACAGUGGCUUGGCAUCGUAAUAAAAUAGAAUGUUAUUCAAAUCUAUAAAUAAAGAGUCAUGCUGUGCACGUCCACACACACGUGCACACGUACAGUCCGUUUAGAAAAAGGUGUUACAGAGGAAGAAGAAAUCACGUCUCUAUGCUACGCGCCGCCUUGACGUCAUCUACCAUCUUAUUGUCACUCCUUGAACGCAGCACGGCGGCCAUAUUUGAUAUGACUGCAGUCGUGCUAUUAGCGGAACAGACUGAAGAAUCCAUGGAUUCCCUCCGCCCACUGGUCCGUCCCGACAGGUUAUUUACAAUCCAGAGCCACGCCCCUUUGUUUGCCAAGUGAGUCCUUCCGCCCCAUGAAGAAGGACACGGCACGUCCCCGUGGCGUCGCACAAAGCUCUCCUCUCCUCAAGGAAAGUUCUGGCGGUGGGGUGGGGUUGGAUGU